AUGCCUCUCCCAAAACGACAAGCGAUCCCCGCCAAGAGCGCGAAGGCUGAAAAGCCCUCAAAGGCCUCCAGAUCAGCAGCAGAAUCAGGCGAUUCUCGAUUCGCAAAUUUCGAGAGUGAUGCGCGAUUCCGACUCCCGUCGAAGAAGCAGACGAAGACAAAGCUCGACCCUCGAUUCUCGCGGCUACGAAGCGAUCCAGACUUUUAUAACAAGGCAACCGUUGACAAAUAUGGCCGAAAGGUGUCCAAGGAUGCUGGCAAAAAGGCCCUUGCGAAACAGUACGACGUAGACAGCGAUGAGGAUGGCAACGAGCAAGAUGAGGACCUUGAAGACCUCCAGGCCGGGAAACGCGACAAGUCUGUUCUCAAGGAACUUGCGCGCGUUCAAAAGGAGGGAUACGAUCCCAUCCGCGACGGCAUGGAAUCGUCCUCGGACGAGAGCUCCAGUGAUGAGGAAGAGGAGGAAGUCGAGGAACAGGUGGAGCUAGCUGGUGAUGACAACGAGGUUCCUACGGGGGACAUUUCCUCUCGUCUAGCUGCAGUCAACAUGGAUUGGGACAACAUCCGCGCCAGCGACAUCUUGGCUGUCGCAAACUCGUUCGUGCCCGCAGAUGGGCGCAUUCUGAACGUCGUCAUAUACCCCAGCGAGUUCGGCAUGGAGCGUAUGCAGCGCGAAGAGAUUGAAGGACCGCCACGAGAGAUCUUUUCUUCUACGGCAAAGAAGGACGAGAACAACAUCACAACCCUGGAAGACGACUCGGACGCAUCAGAAGCUGAGGCAGGCUCGCCAGCCAAGGAGAACCUCCAAACAGGCGAGGACGGCGAGGAAUUCGACUCGACAAAGCUGCGCAGCUACCAGUUGGAUCGUCUGCGGUACUACUACGCGGUUAUCACUUGUUCUUCGGCGAACGUGGCCAAGUCUAUCUACGACAACCUGGACGGACGGGAGUACCUGACAAGUGCCAACUUCUUCGACCUGCGAUUUGUCCCCGACGGUACUGAAUUCGAUCAGGAUCCCCAUGACGAAUGCAGCAAGUUGGCGGACGGCUACAAGCCGAACGAGUUCACGACCGACGCCCUGACGCACUCGAAAGUCAAACUGACAUGGGACGCGGAGGACACGACACGGAAGGAAGUGCAGAAGCGCGCAUUCUCGAGGAAGGAGAUCGACGAGAACGAGCUCAAGGCAUACCUUGGUACCGACUCAGAGUCUUCCGAAGAUGAGGAAGAGGCUGCAAAGACAAGCAAGGCAGCCAGCUUACGAGCUGCCCUCGGCCUUGAGGCUUCCACGAAGAAGUCUAGGUCGAAAGACACAUCAUCCUCGAAACGAGAUCGCGACUUCCCCAAGCCUGAGGGAGAGAUGCAAAUUACCUUUUCUGGCGGCUUGUUGGGUGAAGGCAAGGGAGGUUCGGUGUUCGAAAACGAGAUCCCGCUAAACGAGACUACGCUGGAGAAGCACAUCCGCAAAGAGAAGGAAAGGAAGGCCAAACGUAGGGAGAAAAUGAAGGCUAAACGCGAAGGUCGUGAUCCUGACGCGGAGGUUGAGGAAGCUACAACAACCGCUGCAGAUGGUGACGAUCCAUUCAACGACCCCUUCUUUGCUUCUGACGGCGAAGACGUCGAGAAGGCAGCAAGGAAAGCAGACAACAGGUCGAAGCGGGCGAAGAAGCGUGAAGAGAAGGAGGCAGAGGAGGCAGCAAACGCUGCAGAACGCGCUAAACUCGAGCUCCUCAUGGCUGACGAUGAAGACAACAAGAUGCGCCACUUUAAUAUGAACGAGAUUGAAAAAGCCGAAAAGGCGAAGAAGAAAGGCAAGAAGGGCAAGAAGAAUGCCCCGGUUGUGGAGGACAACUUCAAGAUUGAUACAGCUGAUCCUCGAUUUGCAAAGUUAUACGAGAGCCACGAAUUUGCCAUCGAUCCUACCAACCCUAAGUUCAAGGAAACCUCUGGCAUGAAGGCGCUACUUGAAGAGGGUCGCAAAAAGAGAAAGCAGGGGCGGGAAGGAGACGAGCCGGAGGCUGAAAGACAGCCGAAGAAGUCGAAGAAUGCGGAGGACACCGGUGAUAUAGAUAUCAAGAAGCUCGCGGCGCGCGUGAAAGCCAAGAGCAAGCAGAAGUAG